CCGCCCCGCGCGGGCGGUGUCCCGGAGCCCGUCCCCCGCCGGCGGGGUGUAUGACCGCGGUGGUACGGGGAGAGGGCGGUGGGGCUGGCGGUAGCCGGGCUCUGGGGCGGCCAGCCGGAGUGAAGCGUACCGGGUUACUUGUGAAAGAUGGUGGAUCGCUUGGCAAACAGUGAGGCAAAUACCAGAAGAAUAAGUAUAGUGGAAAACUGCUUUGGAGCAGCUGGUCAACCUCUGACUAUUCCUGGUCGUGUUCUGAUCGGAGAGGGAGUACUAACAAAGCUGUGUAGGAAGAAGCCCAAAGCGAGGCAGUUCUUCCUAUUCAAUGACAUUCUUGUUUACGGUAACAUUGUCAUCCAGAAGAAGAAAUACAAUAAACAGCACAUAAUCCCACUGGAAAAUGUCACUAUUGAUUCCAUCCAGGACGAGGGAGAGUUACGGAAUGGGUGGCUUAUCAAGACACCAACAAAGUCUUUUGCGGUUUACGCUGCCACCGCCACAGAGAAGUCAGAGUGGAUGAACCACAUAAAUAAGUGUGUUUCUGAUUUACUUUCCAAAAGCGGGAAGACUCCUAGCAAUGAACAUGCAGCUGUCUGGGUACCAGACUCGGAAGCCACCGUAUGCAUGCGCUGUCAGAAAGCAAAAUUUACGCCCGUCAACCGUCGUCACCACUGUCGCAAGUGUGGCUUUGUUGUGUGUGGGCCUUGCUCUGAAAAGAGGUUUCUUCUCCCGAGCCAGUCUUCCAAGCCUGUGCGAAUUUGCGACUUCUGCUAUGAUCUUCUUUCUACUGGGGAGAUGACUGCUUGUCAGUCCACUAGAUCAGACUCCUACAGCCAGUCACCUAAAUCAUCUUUAAAUGAUGUAUCUGAUGAUGAUGAUGAUGAAGACAGUAGUGAUUAAGGACCAAACAUUUUUUCCGUGUGUUGCAAUUUGUGUUUUGAACCAUAUGGAGCUGCUUUUGGGGAAGUCUACAGUGAGGUUCCUCAGAAAAAUCCUGUUUUAGCCAUAAAAUAUGCCUGAAUAUCUUCAAUUGCAAUGUGCCUCAAUCUAUGAAUUCUCUAGACAAUAGGUUUUUCACUCCUCUGCAGGGAUAGACUGUUGCAAAUGUUACCAGAAUAUUUUCGAACUUCUUAUACUUGAGUUGUGUCUAGGUUAAACUUCUGUGGAAGAUUGGAGAAUAAACCAUACUUUCUUAAUUUAACAACCCAUACUUCCUAAUGUUUCAUAUUGAUAUGUUACGUGGGGUUUUUUUGGAUGUGGGGAGGAAAACUGUAAGCAUGCAUGGAACAGUGAUGUUUUGGUUAAUCUCUUAGACCAUCUUGUUUUUUCUAACCAUGGUAUAUCAUAAGUUGAAAUGUGACAUAACUUACAAACUUAAAUGUCACAAAACUUGGAAAUCUUGUUUUGCUCUUAUUUAUGACUUUCUAUGCCAAGCAGUGCCUUGUACCAAUUGUGCUGAAUUCAGGAAGCAACAAACCUAUUCUGUGUUGUCUGUAUUUGCCUGAUGCUGGUAUCUGAGAGAUUGUUGGUGCUAUUGAAAAUAACUGCUGUGUUCAAAGUGGAGCUUUGACAAGGUCAUAACUGUACCCCAUGGUGGGUGACGGAGUCCCGAAUCACACGUCCUCACCUGUGCAGGCAGACCCGAAGACUCUGCAGAUUCCCCCAGGCUUCAGCAGGGUUCUCCUUGCAGCAGUUGCAUUAUGGGUCGGGAUCUUGAGAUGAGAAGCUUAGGGUGACUCUUCACGGGGAUUUAUACGUUUUCUUUUCAGAACAGUUUCUAUGUUUCAAAUUUGGCAAAUGCAUACUGAAGUUUUAGUUGGGUGACAUAACGUUUGGAUGUGAUAGCCUAUAUGUUUUUGAAAAUCGUUCUCCAAAAUGACACUAAAUUGUUUCUUAAAACAUUGGUGAGAGGGUUGGUUUUCUUUCUUUUUUCAGGAGUUUUAUUGGCUUGUUUAAAAAUAACCUUGUAUUUUGAACAAAAAGCCUGCAACUAUCCUUAUAAAAUUGGCUUUUUUUUUUUUACACAGCUGACCUCAGGAUAAAUGUGAGAUGCAAGUUCUUUCAUUCUAAAUGUAUACCCAGGACCAAGAAAGAUGUAUUGAAGAACUGUAAUGAAAUUGUCAGUGCAGAAAAUGUCUCUACCGUAGUAUUCAUUUUUACUUUUAAUAAGUUCUUGAAUACUGAAAUGUCAUGUUCCUAUAUAAAGUAAAAGUUAGACUUGCAAAGACAUGUUAAAUCCCCAAAUGCUAUGUUUCUAUAUUUUUAUAAUGGUAGCAUCAAUUUUGAAGCAGAAAAACCUCUUUGAAAUAGUUGUAUGAAUAUAGUAGCAACUGACUUUAUAGAAAAAAUGUUAAACUUUUGUAUCUCUUUAAGUGACAAUUUCUGCACUGUUUGCCUCAGUUGGCAAUAAUUGGGUUAAAUAUUUAUUGAAUAAACAAUCAAUGCUGCAUAUUGCACUAGUCUUCCUUUCUGUAUAUUGUAAAUGUCAGUUUGUGGGUUGUUGUGGUUGGUGUGUUUUGGUUUUAGGUUUUUUUGGUGGUUGUUUUUGUUGUUUUUGUUUUUUUUUUUUUUAAAUAAAAAUUAGAGCACUUCAAAGCCGUAGCUCUCCAUGAGAUUUCUGGUAGCUAAAGAUGCACUUAGCGUCUUUAGGGAGGCACUCUAAUAGUUUACAAUACAUUGCUUCAGGUGAAAAUUGUGUUAAUAUUUUUAGCUUGGGCAAUUUCUAAAAAUAAGGGUUUUUUAAAAAAGCACUGAAGAGUAUUUGAUCUACUUUGAAAUAAACAUAAAAAGGGGAAAAUGCUUUCUGAUGGAGACAAGGGACCAGGAAGGCUCUGUAAAAUUGCCAGACGAGUGUAUACAAUUGUACGUACUCAAAGACUAGCUAAGUAAUUACAUAGACUUAGUCCUUGAAAGAUGAGGGAAUGGUGACCUGCAGCAGGGGAAAACAGGCUCUUCUGAGAAGGCCCUUAGAGUUAAUAGUGCUUACUUUUUGUACCUCUCUUACUCAAUAUUUAUAUUUCAGGAAUGGAGACUUCUCAGCUUCAGUUUUUCUACAGAAUCAAAGUACAAACCUCCCUUGUACAUACCUUCAAUGACAAACAGUCGUUUUCUUCCUGAUGCAAUUGUUUCCUCUUUCUUAAGCUGUCAAAUAUUAACUUGUCUUGUUAAAGAGCCUAUCUCCUCGUGUGCUUUCCUUGUUUUUCUGUAUGUUGUGCUUACUUUACAGCACUUUCCAGGGGGUGGGAAAAAGGUUGCUGAGAGUUAGAUGACAUCCUAUAUUUUGCAGAAUGUUCUUGUACCUACUUUAAAUAUCUUCUUAUCUGUGAAUGAAACUUACGCUGUGCUGCACUGAUCCCUGAAACUGUAACCAAACCAAUGUGUGUGUGUGAGACUUUUCAUCUGAAAUUGAUGUAUAUGGUCCAAGCUUUUUGAGAAAGCAUUAAGGGAAAAAAAAAAGGCUUAUGGUAAUACUCCUGUCCCUCAGUGGUAUUUGUUUAAAAUUUUACAAAAUGGACUUAACAUCGACUUCUCUUGUACUUACAAAUUCCUGAAAGGGCUCAUUUUGUAUUUUGUAAUCUUGUUCUGUCAAAUUAUUUUAUUUACAAAUAUAUGGUGUAGCUUCAA